AUGUUCUACAAACAUUCAAAUGAAGGUAAAGUAGCCAUCUUAAUUGUGUAUAUUGACGAUAUUGUGUUAACUGGGGAUGAUUGCAAUGAACUAGAGAAGCUGAAAGGGAAACUUGCUGAGGAAUUUGAGCUUAAGGACCUAGGGGCAUUAAAAUACUUUCUUGGAAUGGAGUUUGCUAGGUCCAAAGAAGGUAUCUUUGUAAAUCAGCGGGAUUAUGUUCUUGAUCUUCUUGAUGAGACAUGUAUGUUAGGAUGUAAGCCUACUGAAACACCUAUAGAGCCAAAUGUAAAAUUGCAGCCUACAAAAGCCAAGAAUGUGAAGGGCCAAGAUUGUUAUCAGAGACUUGUUGGGAGAUUAAUUUACCUAUCCCAUACACGCCCUGACAUAGUCUUCUCAGUGAGUAUGGUUAGUCAGUUUAUGCAUGUGCCUGGACCAGAGCAUUUUGAAGCUGUUUACAGGAUUCUAAGGUAUCUAAGGGGACACCAGGUAGAGGCUUUCUGUUUAAGUCACAAUGACACCUACAAAUUGAAGCCUACACCGAAGCUGAUUGGGCUGGAAGCAUAG